AUGGACGUUGCCUUAAGCACCAUCGUGGGUGCCAUCGCCCUUUUCAUCCCUGCACUGCUGACACUAGUGCCACUGCUUACAUUAGUGCAAAAAACACAGCAGCACACUGGCCAUAACCCUCCUCCGCCGGAGCCCAGAGCCAUUCCCCUCGUCGGCCACCUCCACCUCCUGAUAAAGAAGCCACUCCACCGCACCCUCGCCCACCUCGCUGACCGCCAUGGAGACGUCCUGGGCCUGCGAUUCGGCUGCACCCGAGUCGCUGUUGUGUCCUCUGCCUCAGUCGCCCAGGAGUGCCUUGUCACACUAGACACCUCGUUCGGUAACCGUCCACGACUGCCGUCCGCGAAGAUCCUCUCCUAUGACUGGUCGACCAUGGGCCAUUCCAACUGCGGGGCAUACUGGCGCCAAGUCCGGCGCACCACCAGCACGGAGUUCUCCUCCGUGGAACGAGUGCAGCACUUCGCUGAUGUCCACGAGCAGGAGGCGCGGGCCAUGGCACGCCGCCUUUGUCAUGUGGCAAUUGCUUCUGGAGGCCGCGCUCUUGUAGACGUCAAGUCGCGGCUAUUGGAGAUGCUAAUGAACGGCUUACUGGACAUGCUCUUCAAGAGGACAUCCUCUCGGAGUGACGAACAGGACGAGACCGUGGAAGUUACCGAGGAGGCCCGAUGCUUCAUGGGCAUGGCGGAGGAGACGAUGGAGCUCACGUUGACGGUGUGGGACUUCCUGCCGGCACUGGCACGGUGGCUGGACGUUGACGCGGUGGGCCGCCGGUUGCAGCGAUUGCAAGCAAACAGGACAGAGUUUUUGCAGAGGUUGAUCGAGGAGCACAAGGAGAAGGAGAAGUGCGGUCAAGUGACACGCAGGACGUUGGUCCGGGUGCUGCUGGAGCUGCAGAAGAAGGACCCUGAGGCCUGCACGGAUCAGCUCAUCCGCUCCUUGUGUGUUAGUGCACUCGAAGCUGGGACACUUAGUACAGGCUAUAUAGUUGAGUGGGUGAUGUCUCUCUUGCUAAACUACCCUCACGUCAUGAAGAAAGCUCGCGAUGAAAUCGAUGCAUGCGUUGGGGAACAACCUAAACGCCUACUGGAGGCGACUGAUCUCCCGAAGUUGCCCUACCUUCGAUGCAUCAUCAUGGAGACGCUUCGCCUGUACCCAGUGGUACCACUUCUAGUUCCUCGUGAAUGCUCUACCGACUGCACGGUCAGCGGGUUCCAAAUUCCCAAAGGAACGAUGCUUCUUGUCAAUACAUUUGCUAUCCAUAGGGAUCCUGGGACAUGGGAGGACCCAGAAACCUUCCUUCCGGAAAGGUUUGAGGAUGGCAGGAACCAAGCACUAGCAGCUGGUAAUAUGGUGGACCUGUCAUUUGGCAUGGGGAGACGACGGUGCCCAGCAGAGAACCUGGGGAUGCAGUUGGCAGGCAUUGCUUUGGGAACUAUGAUCCAGUGCUUCAACUGGGAACGAGUGGGCACGGAGCUAGUGGACAUGGCUGAGGGCUCUGGCCUAACCAUGGCAAAGAAGAUUCCAUUGGAGGCCUUCUGUCAACCUCGUGCUUCUAUGGUCAAUCUUCUUUCACAAAUCUAG